AUGUUGGUUGUUGUUUUAUUUUUACAUCAAUUGACCAUUGAAGUAUUAAGUCAAGGCAUAUUUUCUCCUCCAACAUUUACGGAAAAUAGCUGUUCUGGUAAUAAUAAAUGGACAAUUUGGUUCGAUUCAGGUAAUCCAAGUUCAACAGUUGGUGAAUUCGAAGUGACUAAACAUAUUCAACAAAUAUUUCGUUUAUAUAUGUGUCCAGUACCGAUUGCUAUUGAAGCUCGUACAAUAAAUGAUGAAAAUCCUGGACGAACUGGUGAUAUAUUUCGAUUAGCUGCAAAAGAUGGAUUUUUAUGUUUAAAUCAACAAGUUAAUGGUUUUAAACAAAAAUUAUGUGCUGAUUAUAAAGUACGAUAUUGUUGUCCAUCAACAACAGUUGGACAAACUACAACAACAACAACAUUUCGUACACCAUCUGUUUCUAGUAAUACUUGUGGUCGUCAAGCUGUAACACCAUUAAAUAUACGUAUUGUUGGUGGUGUUGAAGCUAUUCCAAAUUCAUGGCCAUGGCUUGUUUCUUUAAGAGUACGUGAUCAUUUUUGCGGUGGUACUCUAAUUGAUACACGGCAUGUGCUUACAGCUGCACAUUGUUUAACUAGUGCAAGUGCUAAUAUUAUUCGUGUAGUUGCUGGUUUACAUCAACGAUUAAAUAUAAAUACAGGACGUACACAAAUCAUGGGUGUAUCACGUAUAUUUUUGCAUGAACAAUAUAAUUCAAGGACAUUUGCUAAUGAUAUCGCUGUUAUUCGUCUUUCUCAACCAGUUCAAUUAAAUAAUUAUGUGAGUUUAGUUUGUUUACCAGGACCUGAUCCACAAGAAUCAGCAACAGUAACUGUAGCUGGAUGGGGAUCAACAUACUUUGGUAGUCCAUUACCAAAUAGUCUUCGACAAGUUACAAUGAGAGUGACAAAUGCACAAGCAAAAGCAUCAUAUCCAGCUUAUUUUAAUGUUCAACGACAACUCGGUGCUGGUAUGCCGUAUGUUGGUGGUAAAGAUAGUUGUCAAGGUGAUAGUGGUGGUCCUUUAAUGUAUAAUAGCAAUGGAAAAUGGUAUCUAUCAGGUGUUGUUAGUUUUGGUCAUGAAUGUGCACGUGGAAAUUAUCCAGGUGUUUAUACACGAACAAGUGCUUAUCUUAAUUGGAUUUAUAAUAAAAUAAGUGCAAAAUAA